UAUACACUCGAUUCGCCGCAAGGAACCAAACAUAAUAACCAAACGCACAAAAUUGCAGACAUUCGACAUAGUACUCAGUACUUUUGUGAAACGUCGUGGAAGAAUAUUCGAAAACGGAUAUUUUCUUGAAAGAAAGUGCGAGAUCACUUUGGUAUUAACAAGUUGUCGCUGUUAGGAAUUCAUGUGACGCUUUCAGAUAAUGUUAGGCGAUUAUUGAUACGGAUGCUUCUUCAUAUCAAGUAAGCUCAUCUUUAUUGUUCUCAGAGAUGUACUUGGUGCAAGCAUGUUUUGUAUUAAUUUUAUUACUGCCAAGUUGCGACUGCCUGGCCCGGAGAUGUGUAUCUUACUCCAAGCCAGGGGAUGUCGUCAUUGGCGGAUUGUUUCCUAUCCAUUACGUGGCCGGGCCGGGGCAGUGUACGGACCGUCAAUCGCGAUGGGGGACCAUGCUCUCCGAAGCCAUGAUCUACGCCGUAGAACAGAUCAACCGGCGGGAGGAUGUCCUGCCGAAUGUCACGCUGGGCUACGACAUCAGGGAUGAUUGUCGUUCCGACGACGUAGCCCUGUGGCACGCCUUAGCGCUCGUCAACGCCUUGAAUCCCAACGAGACGUCGGGGUUGUGUCAGGCACAGCACGGGGCCAAAGUCUUGGGCAUCGUCGGUACGUCAGAAACCGAUACAAGCAUCGUAGUCACCAAGGCGGCCGCCAUGUAUAAAGUGCCACUGGUCUCCUAUGCCGCCGCCGGUGACGAGUUGGGAGACAACUUCCGAUUUCCAUAUUUCCUUCGAACUGUGCCCGAAAACCCCUUGCAGGUUGAGGCAAUGCUAGAUAUCAUUUACACCCUUGGUUGGGUCUACGUGUCGCUACUCCAUUCCGUCGAGUCGGAUUAUCUUCUUAGUGCGCUCCGAUUUCAAGAGAUAGCAGCAGACUAUGAAAUCUGCGUGGCCUACUCAGCAGCCAUCAGGACGACGGCAGACGACGAGGAAGUGAACCAAAUCGUGGCCAACUUGGACCGGUACCCCAAGGCCAAAGUAGUGGUAGUCAUUGGAGACAAAUUCACCGGCCAGAAAGUCAUGCGAGCCGGUCAGAAGGCCGGGAUGGUUGGCCGGUACCAAUGGAUCGGUGGGUCUCGAUGGGGUUACCUGAUGAAAGAGGAGGGACUAGCUGAUAUCGCCGACGGAGCCAUCUUCGUCAGAAGCUACAGUGUGCCCGUGGCGGGCUUUGAGGCAUUUGCCAAGGCCAAAGAACCAGUCGAGCCCUACGUCUCCCCUUGGUAUAAAGACUUGGCCCUGAAUUGGAUGCAGGACAACAACUGCAUCAACAUAACAGACUGCCCUCUGCGCGUUGGUGACUCGGGAGCGCCGGUUGUCGACAGCGUGCACGCCAUCGCGUUUGCCUUCCAUAACGUGAUGAUGGAAAGCUGCGCCAAUGUCAGCGAUUGUCAAGUCGGUGAUAUCGUUACGGAGGAGGAGUUUCUGCAGAAACUCCUGGCUGUCAAUUUCACCGCAGUAGACGGAGAAGCCGUCCAUUUCGACAGCUCGGGCAACUCCGGAGGCAAGUUCACCAUCACGAACCUGAGGGAAGACAGCGGAGAGCACGAGGUCGGACUGUGGCAUUCGGCUCCCGAGACGGUCGGCGAACGCCUGGAGAUCAAGCAGGAUAAGAUUCGAUUCCUCAACAAGAGCUGGAGUCGGCCCGCCUCGAUCUGCGUCGAGGAGUGUAGAGCUGGGUAUGUGGUUGUGCCGUUGGAAGACAAAUGUUGCUGGGGAUGUAAGGCGUGUUCACCGAAUGAAAUCGUGGUCAAUCGCACACAGUGCUACCGGUGUCCAACCAAGGAGAGGCCGGACGCCAACCGGACCUAUUGCCUGCCCAUCAUUCCCUCCACCAUCAGCUGGACGGAGACGCCGGUCCUGAUCAUCCUGGUGCUGUCCGGGUUUGGAGUCGUCCUGUGCUCGCUGACCAUCACUGGCCUGUUCGUGUACGGAAAGCACCCUCUGAUCAAGGCCAGUAGUCGGGAGCUGUCUAGCAUUAACGUGGCUGGUCUCACCCUGACGUUCCUGACCUGCGUGGUGCUGCUGGUAAAGCCCACCCGUGCUUCUUGCAUUACUGUGGAACUUGUGCUUGCUCUGUGCAGCACGCUGAUCUACGCGCCCACCUUGCUGAAGGUGAUUCGGAUCUUUCGCAUCUUUCGAAAAGCCCGCAAGUCGACCCAGAGGCCCAAGUUCAUAAGCCCUAAGCAUCAGGUCAUCGCUUGUCUGACUCUCCUCGCAAUCCAGGUGAUGUUGUCCAUUCUGUCGGCUAUCCUGGCGCCAUCCACACCCGUCGAGUUGAUCAGUCAAGUUGGGGGACUGUACCUGGAACUCUUCUGCUCCUUCGGGCCUGGCUUUAUCGCCUCCUGUGCCUACAACCUCCUCCUGAUCCUAGCUUGUUGCUUCUUCGCCUUUAAGGCCCGCAAGGUCCCCAGCAACUACAACGAAUCCAAGUUCAUCGCGGUCAGCGUCUAUUCCACCCUGGUGUUGUGCCUGGCCGCGGUGCCCGUCUACGCUACGGCCGUGGCCGCGCUGCACAAGGUGGCCACCGUCUGCUACGCGGUCAUUCUCAACGCCUACCUGACCCUGGUCUGCCUCUACCUGCCCAAGUUCUACGCCGUAAAGUUCGUGGGGAGCGACGACACGACUACCAGCGACUGGAGAGGCACCGGUGCUUUUGGCAGGACGGUUAUGUCAUCCAACAAAAUCACACCGUCCACAUCGGGAACCAAUGACCCCACGGCGUGAAACAAAGGAGGGAGCGAAAUAGCACGGUGAAAAUGAAACAAAACAUUUUGUUAUACCUCGGUAAUAGAUCGUGAUGUUUUAUUGGUCGAGAACCGAGCAUGUGAUGUGCCACAAACACGUAUGUAUCAUGUCAGGGUACACCCCGUGGUACAUAAGUGAUGCACCCCACGGGGUACAUUACCUUGAUCGUCCCCACUGUUGAAUGUCCCCACUGGUGAACUAUUGAAGUGUUGUAUCGCCUUGUAAUAAUAGAAAUAGACCGGGUUAGAGGCUUCAGACAGCGUGCACACGCGCGUACACAUGUCGGAUGGACGCGCGCGCAUAGAACAUGGUCGCAGCUGUGAUUGGCUCGUAACGGGGCAGGGGGUAAUGGAUUAGUCUAUUCAGUAAAAAGGUAAAUAAAUUUGUGUUUCUGUGCAGUGCAAAAAUGUGCGAAUAUUCACGGUGCAGUAAUCACGGAUCUUUUCAAAAUAGUACUUCCGCUAUUACUACACGGCAACUGGAGGAAAUCCACAAUUUCAGACGCUUGGAAUCUAUUACCAUGGUAUAACAAAACAUUUUUUUCGCCUCAGUGUCAUUUGCACCCUCGGGUGUACAAAACACGAUGGACCCCAUCACAACAGGCAACAAUUGUAUAAUGAUUUGUGAUUUAAAAUAGUUGAUUUCAUGAAAAGUUGUAGUCUAUUUACUACUCACUACAUAUUAUCACAUCCAUCUCAUAUUAUAACUCAACUAAUAGUCUUUCAUUUGUGAUAUAUAAUGUAUAUAUAAUAUCUGUCUAUACGUUGUCUGCAUAGCAUAUGCGAUUAUGCAUUUUAAAAAUGUCUGCCUUACAAUUUGUCACGGUUCACAUUGCAGAUAGAAGCUCACUAUUACAGUUUUUGAUUUAAAUGAACAACUUUUAACCCAAUCUUGAAUUAUGUAAUUUUUUGGGGGCCUUAAAACAAUUCAAUGAAAAGAAAAUCAACGGUCUAACAAUUCAAAUAAACAGCUUCCUCCACCUCGACAUCCUUUGUGACUUCACACAGACACUAGAUUUACUAUAUAUAGGGCCUAUGCCUAUGUAUUUCAUAAACAGAAUAUACGAAAAUUACAAGAGCUCGACGGGACAGGAACAGCGAUUUCUUGUCAAUAUUGGGGGACGGGGGACCAGUCAAUAAUACAAGCGAGGAGGGGGACUAGAGGGUGGGGAGCUUGACUCCAUCUGUCUCAAGGGGUGCUGUUCAAACAUUUGUUUGAAAUCUGUACGCACAGGUAUAAGUUACUGGGAGACAUCACCAUUGGCGUCCCUGAACAAAUAUUAAUCGGAGGGCCAGGGGGGACAUGUCCCCUCCCCGUCCUUCCCCAGCAUCGCCGCCCAUGGCUCGAGAAGUAAAUUUACCACUACGAGUAAACAUGACAAUGAUGACAACCUGAAGCAAAGAGAUACAGCACACAUUUUGUAUAAUUACCUUAUCCAGGGACAAGACAGCACAGACAAGAAACCUCGGAACCGCCCUAUCCAAGGGAGCUGGGGAUCUCUAUAGGUUCAAUGAUUCAUGUAGGAUUGGCGAGUGACGUUCCCACAAUGCUUUGUGUUUCCUUCUCAAGGUUUUGCCAAAGGGAGGUCGCUGUCGCCAACCCCCUUGGUUAUAGGGGGAUGGGGAUGAGCGAAGACACGGGACUGAUGUACGGUACGGACGAGGACGGAUAAGACAAUAUAGGCUCUAAUGGAUUUAAAAUGGCUUUCAACGCGGUAAUGGACAUAAUGUUGUUUCCGAGAGCAAGAGAGAGAGAAAAAAGCACUUAGUGAUAUUUGCUGUUUGUACUUUCCUCCCUUUCUACACAACAGUAAACCAGAGAUAUGUAGUUUUACGUUAUGUUUUGUCUGGAGAACCGUUUUGUACAUUUGAAUUCACAUCAACAGCAUCCAGAAUCAACAACAAAUCGGAUGGAAACUCAGUGCCCCCCAAAUCCAUUAAAUUCACCUUUUAAGUUAUUGGUCUUUUUGAGCUCCAGCAGGAGCUUAUACAUGGUGGUCGGUCGGUCGGUCUGUCUGUCCCCGAAGAUUGACCAAACAAUGGACCAAAAUAAGCCCCCUAAGUUGACCAAAAAUAAUUGACUAAUUGAUGAAAUGCCAUGCCGUCGUCAUAAUACACUUUUGCUCACGGUUUCCGGAACACCGAUUUUGUUUCAAUUAAUGCGCAUGCGCGUUUAUUUUGCAU